AGGACACCGGGACCGUCUGCAGCUCCACGCGACUGGUCUCAUCAUGGGCAGGAUCUGUAAGGAGGUGACGGGUCAGGUGUUCUGCUUCAUCGGAUUCCUGGGGGUGAUCAUCGUCUGCGGGAUCCCCAUGUGGAGGGUGACCACGCGCAUCGGCGCCAACGUGGUGUCUGGCCAGGUGGUGUGGGACGGCCUGUGGAUGAACUGCGUGAUGCAGAGCACGGGACAGAUGCAGUGCUCCAUCCACGAGUCGCUGCUCAAGCUGUCGCGGGAUCUGCAGGCCUCCCGGGCGCUCAUCGUCACCGCCAUCGUGGUAGCCUUCGUGGGGCUAACCUUCACCGUCAUCGGAGCCAAGUGCACCAGCUGCCUGGACAAAGACGCCUCCAAAGCCAAGACGGUGAUCUUAGGGGGCGCCAUCUGCAUCGCGUCAGGGGCCACCUGCGUGAUUCCUGUCAGCUGGUCGGCCGCUACCACCAUCGCAGACUUCCAGAGCUCUUUCGUGAGCGAAGAAAGGAAGAGAGAUUUGGGGGCUGCCAUUUACAUCGGAUGGGCGACUUCAGCCUUGCUGAUCAUUGGCGGAUCAAUCCUCUGUACUUCCUGUCCGCCAGUGGACAACAGGUACGGCUGGGGCUACCCGGGCCAACGCUACCCACCCCAGUACUACCCAGGGCCCGCAAUGACAGCAGGGACCUACAUGCCUGCCAAGGUCUACAUACCCAACAGGUCUCAUUCUGCCUCAGGUCAAUACAUCCCCAAUAACGCAUACUCCAGUGGAGCGUCAUAUUCACCUGUAAAUUACCUCUAAAAUUACAGGGUAAAGGUAAAAAAAAAAAACAUUUGAUUAUUGAAUGGUUUACAGAACAGCUGUUUUUUUGUUUUGUUUUUUUUUUUACUUUUUUGCUCAAGUAAUUUAAAUCCCUUGUGACUUUGAAAAUCCUAUGCUCGAGUUUCCUCAUAAGAUACAAUAUCAUGUGUUAUGUGAUUGGUUAUAUAUAUUGUAAAGGUGAAAAAGUCCUAAUCAUGUUUGAUAUUUUCUGUUGACAGUAGAGAGUGUUUCCUUUCUUUUAAAACCCUGGCAGCCAAUCUGCAGCCUGGCGGCACAGUUGUGCAGCAAGCCGUUUGUUUGUAGCCCAGUGACACUGAACAUAUUUUAAAUAAGCUGCAUAAUGGCGUGGAAAAAAACUAAAACUUGUAUAUCAUAGUGGAGAAAUCCUUCAGCAAAAGGAAUAACGUGGAAUGUCGGACCUGAAUAAAUAUGUUACUUUUUUGUGUUCACCUGAACAUUUUAUAACUGUAUUCCACACUUUGGUGCAUUUACCUUUCAUAACUGCAUUCCAUAUACCACCCCUGUGGGAGAAAGUUAAUGGGUGCACAAAUACUGGCAACCGCCUGAGGAUAAAUGGACAGAAAAUGACUAAGCAAACCCAUCACUGUCUCAAAGACAAAAUGAUUCUGUAUUUAUAGUAGUACUUAUCAAACGAAUAUGCUUUUAUUUUAUUCAUUUUGCAAUGAAUACUUAUUUUUAGAAUUUAAUGAGAAAGCAAAAUCCUAAAUUUAAAUUGUCAUGCUUGUGAAAUGUAUAUUUGUUUACUAACCAUAAAAUGUUUAAAGCAUUAAGUGAAUGCUUUGAAGAAACUGAAUUAUUGUCAUGCAAUUGUCAUUUCUGAAGAAUGUUUGUUUUUGUGUUUUUGUGAAUAAACUGGAGGUGCAAUUUC